AUGUCGCUGGUGGCGCCGCUGCAGUUUAGCUUGGUGCAAGCUAACUUAUACCGUGGUUCGUAUCCACGGGAGAUCAACCUUCCAUUUCUCAGAACGCUAAAUCUCAAGUACAUUGUGUCCUUGACUCCAGAGCCGCUGGUGAAUGACCCAGUACUCGCCAGGUUCUGUGCUGAGAACAACAUUCAGACGAUUCACAUCGAAUGUCUGAAGGAGAAGAAGGACAAGUCUAAGCCUAAGGUCAAGAGAAAGAAAAAGGCGGUACCGAUCGAGUAUGAUGUUGUGAUACAGUGUGUGAAAUUCCUAGCCGAUGCCCGACACUACCCCUGCUACAUACACUGUACAAAUGGGGAGCUCGUAACGUCUUUGGUUGUUGCUUGCCUGAGGAAGCUGUCUUACUGGGGAACGGUAUCCAUACUUAACGAGUUUCUCGCCUACAAUUCAAGCAUCAACAUACAUGAGCGCAGCUUUGUGGAGAAUUUUAACUCUGAGAUUGAGAUAGAUAACCUAGAAAUCAAGGAUAAGAUACCAUGGAUCACUGUUCAGCACGUUUGGGUGUCGAAGGAUGAGAACAAAAAAGACAGGGAAGUCGCCAGAGUGGGGAGUGCGUCAAAUAUGCUGCCGAAAUUACGAUUUCAUAGUCUAUAG